AUGGAAAACCAGUCCUCAGUAACAGAAUCAGCAGUGAAAGAAUUCAUUCUGCUGGGAUUUUCUGACAUCCGGGAACUUCAGAUUUUACAUUUUUGGGUGUUUCUCUUCAUAUACUUGGCAGCCAUAAUAGGAAACUUUCUCAUCAUCCUAAUUGUAGCCCAUGAUGAACAGCUUCAUAGUCCCAUGUAUUUCUUCCUUGCCAACCUCUCAUUGUCAGAUACUUGCUACAUCUCCACCACUGUCCCCAAAUCCAUAGCCUCUGCACUGACAAAUCACAGUCUGAUUUCCUUCACGGAGUGUGUUUUACAAGUUUUCUUGAUUCUCACGCUUGCAGGGGUAGAGCUGUCUUUUCUCACUGUCAUGGCAUAUGACCGCUACAUGGCAAUCUGCCAUCCUUUACAAUAUAGCAUGAUCAUGAACUGGAAGGCCUGCUUCCAAAUGGCAGCUGCUUCUUGGAUUAGCAGCUUAAUCAAUGCAACACUGCACACUGUAAGCACAUUCAGGUUACAAUUUUGCAAGUCUAAUAUUAAACAACUUUUUUGUGACAUCCCCCAAUUAUGGAUGAUUUCUUGCACAGAUCCAGUGGUCAGUCAGUCACUUGUUAUUGCGAGUACAAUUACUGUGGGCUUGUUCUGCCUUCUGUUUAUAUUGGUUUCUUAUGGGUUCAUCUUCUCAACUGUAUUUAAGAUUCAGUCAUCUCAAGGUAGAUAUAAAGUCUUCUCCACCUGCACUCCACACUUGACUGUCUUGUCUUUGUUUCUUACAACUGCUGUGUUUUCUUACUUCAGGCCGAAAGCAUGGUCUUCACCUCCUGUAGAUCUCUUUGCUGCUGUCUUGUAUACAAUUUUGCCACCAGUAAUGAAUCCCAUCAUUUAUAGCCUGAGAAACAAAGAAAUCCAUGGGGCUAUGUCAAAAAUGGCAAAGAAGUGGUUUGGAUUUUACAGAGGGAUUUUAUAA